CUUUAAAUGAAGUAGUAUUUGAAUAAAAUGAUUUUUGAAUAAAUGUAUUUUUGCUGUAAAAGUAUCUAUGGAUAUCUGGAAAGCUCAAGGUAAGCAUAACUAAGAUCAGCUGACCAAAUGCACGAGGUGGCGUGUGUAACCAAUAAUGCAUAAUAUAAAGAAAGUUCCAGCCACACUUAUGUUGAUAAUCAUUUUGAUAAUUUACCUUUGUUUGUUCUUGAUCACUUGCAAGUUUCCUCCAACAAGAAACAUUAACGUUGAAAAUGAGAAAUGUUGCUUUGAUGGAAUUAUAAAAGAUGAUAAUUUAUCAUGUAACAAAGGUUCAGAAAUAUAUUCGGUGAUGGAAGACGUUGAUUGCUUUCAAGCAUUUAUGUUUACAAAGAUGAACAUAACAUGGAGGCAAUUGGAACACAAACACAGCACAACGAAAAAGUGUACAUUUGACUGGACAUAUGAAAAGUGUCCAUGGAAAUGCAAUAAGUGUACCUUUAUUACUAUGAAAAAAAUUCGUGGACGUACUGGCAAUCAAAUGUUCGAGGUUGCUUCGUUAAUCGGAAUUGCACGAAAACGAGGACUUAUCCCGAUUAUACCAUCUACGCUUUCAAUAAAUGAAUGGUUUAACCUGCCAACUUUAACUGAGCUUUCGAAACCUAUUCACCAAUCUGACGUAAAGGAACAAAGUUUUGGGAAGUAUCUUAAGGACAUUGAAGAUAUCGACGAGAAUAUGAACUGGACCGUUACAGGCUAUUUACAAUCAUUUCGUUAUUUUGAUACUUCAGACGAUAUUAUUCAUGAACUGUUUAAGAUGAAGUUGGAAAAACGAAUGCGUGCGGAAGAUCUAUUACGGUCAAUUUCACCAAACGAUGAAAUAGUAUGUAUGCAUGUGCGAAGAGGAGAUCUACUAAAUCAGCAAUACAUCGAACUAGGGUACAAUCCAAUUGAUUAUAGGUUCAUAAAUGUGUCUAUGAACUAUUUUCUCCAUGCAUUUAAAAAUAUUACAUUUGUUAUUUUGUCCGACGACAUGCCGUGGUGUAAAAAAACGAUUAAAGGUGAAAACGUUGUUUUCAGUCCAUUUAAGGAAGCCAUAGACGACUUUGCAUUAUUGAUGUCGUGCAAAAAUGUUGUUAUAACAUCUGGAACAUUCGGUUGGUGGGGAGCUUAUUUAUCUGGUGGAAAAGUUGUUUAUCACAAUGGAUUUCCGGCUAAAGGCAGCUGGUUGGACCAAAGACUAAAAAGAGACGAUUAUUAUUUAACGACAUGGACUGGUCUAGGCGAUAAAGAUUAAAACAUAUGAAAAUGAUCAAUGAAAUACCACUCCUAUUGGGUGGAGGAAACAUUUCCGUAUUAGGAAUCAUAUUUAAAAGGACUGUGAUUACAAAAACCUGUUAACUAUGUAUAUUUAACCGUUUUUGUAUAUCCAAUGUUUGCAUCAUUUUCAUUGUUUGUAAUAUUGCCUGCACUUCUUUUAUUAUUUUGUUUUCGUUUUAAAAGCAGUGGGAUAUUCAAAGGACUUUAAUCACAUGGUUUAAUUCCCUCGAAAUAAACUUAUAAAUUACAUUGUUGUGCCCACGGCUCUAGAACUCGUUUAAUCCUGUUUUUUAUACAAACACCAUACAUAACCUUUUAAUUAACAAGUACAUAUACAAAAGAGGAUAUCGUUUUUUUCCAUAUUAACAUCGGUACAGUUUUCACUGUCGAAAUAAAAAUUCUCAAUACAUGGUGAUUCUUUUGCAAGAGUUAAAAAAAAACAUUGGGUUCUUAUUAUACCAUUAUCAAGUACCUUACAUAUAAACGCAAAUCAACUGACACAGGUCGAAUAUGGUGGAUAGAUGAUAAUAAUAAACAGCGAGGGUUCGGAGUAAAUAAUGGAGAUAUAACAGUGCCGAAUCAUUGUAUUUAUGUGGAUGGUAUUGAACCAAAAACAAAGGUUUAGAAGAACAAACGCUAAUGAGAAACAAUAAAAUAAAUCGAAAUUAUACUGAAGAUCGCAGAAUAGAAUUUAAUUGGUUAAGAUUUACACAUUUCAGCUCGUUUCAAAAGAAUGACGUCAUUAGCGUAACAUUUAUAAAUAUUUCAGAUAUUCAUUUAAUAUAGACAAUAAAGUAAAUAAAUGAUUUUAAAUGCUAAUACAUGUCAAACAACACUAAGGAUAUUGUAAUUUUUACACUUCACAUAAUGUAAAUUUUAGACUUCAAAUAAUGUAAAUUUUACAAUAACAAGAUAAUGUAAUGUUGACACUAAAGAUAAUGUUAGAAUUACAUUUUUCAUUUUAAAUAUAUAAUGUCAUGUCUUUACUGAAAAUUAAUUAUAAGCUUAAAAGGAAACAAAAGUCUGCUGCAAUAAAUAAAGCAUUUGAUGAUAAAGUCCAUGCUUAUUAAUAAAAAGGGUACUAGUCGUGCAAUGUAUGCAAAUAUAUUUAAACCUGUUACAAAGAAAUAAGAUGUGUUACCAGGAAAAUAAAAAGAUUCGGGUGAAAACAUAAAAUAAAACUCCUAAAGCAAUAGAGGGUUUACCCGCUCGUGUACCGUUUACAUAUCAGUGACAAUUAAUUGAUUAUGUAAAAAUAGAAUAUGGCCUAGCUGAUGGAAAUAAAGUCAGUCGCAUUUUGAAAUAUAGUUUGAAAACACAGGUCGAAUAAACCAGUAUCUGAAAGAACAUACACAAGAAAGAGAUGUAGAAACAGAACUAGAAGAUGAAGAAACAAAAACAAGGGAAGACCCAAAAACACAUUUAAUCAUUAAAAUGUAUUAGGUGCAAUAUUUGAAAAACACGACUGUUUUUAUGACAAUGACCCAAGUCAUAAAUCAUUGUGUGAUAAAACAAUGUUACUGAAAUUAAAUACAAGUAAAUAUAGGAGAUAAAGUUCGUAUUAUUUGUACAAGCGUCAUUUUAAGAAAGGAUGCACACCCAAUUUGACCGAAUAAAUAUUCCAUGUAGAUUAAAUAUAAAGGACUGAUCUAGCUGCUUACCAAUUAAAGGAUCAAUGGAUAAUAUAUUUUGGGUUCCUUUUAUGAACCGGACAUAUGUAAUGAAAAACAUCUGUUUUCAAAAUUGAAAAAAGGAAUCAGAAUUUAUUCCAAGAAAGUUAUUAUAUGAUGGUUAGGAUAUUCAAAUGACUUUAAUUAUUGGGUACCCUUUCAGAAUUUAAUUGAACAAUGUCCAUAUGGCAUUGUAUUUAUCCAACAAUUUACAUUAAAUAUCUUAUUAGUAAAGCAAGGUAA